AUGAAACCCAAGAUCCACAUGAGUGCCAUUCCACAAUCUUCAAGUGAGUGCAAUUACAGCUGCUCAGCUUGGCGUGGAUACCGCACGGAGGAGAUGAACUUCCGUGUGAGCUUGUCGUUGAACGACUCCGCGUUGACCCAGGCUCAUGCGCACACGGUCUAUCCGGUGCUCUUGGCCUCAGCUGACUUCCAGGACUGGUGGGUGGUCAGUGAUCGUCGUUUCGCUCACCCGAGACCGUUUUGGAGUGAGCACACGGCUCAAUCAGGUGCAGUCUUUGUCCAUUCUACUCCCUCUUGUUCACGCCCACCUGCCAAGCCGCAAGAAAUGCCAUCUGGGCUUAGUGGAGCUUAUGUCUUGGCCUGUAUGACUUGGGAUCCUGAGCGUUUGGAGCAGCUCUCAACCGCCAAAGAGGUCACAGAUGUGCAGAUUGCCACUCUUUGCUCCUCAGUUGGUGGUGUUUGCGGGUGGAGCUGUGGUUCGACACAUCUACCUCAGAAUUUACCAGGUUGUAGUGCACAGGGAAAGAUCGAGGUGUCUCCGAAGUCCUUUGCUGGCAAGACCUUUAGCCAGGCCAACUUCCAGGGCGAGGUCUCCAUGAAGCAAUGCCCAGAGGUUGACGAGGUUGGCGAGUGCCUGACCAAAGAGUCGCCCUUCUCGCACUGGAGAUGUCACAAUUGCAAGUACAAUCCCAACGAGAUUGAGGAGGACUCCUUCCGACGCCUUCAGAUCCCUGGCAUGCCCGGCAUCCCGGGGCUUACGGGCUUUCCGGGCGUGCCGCUGCCCGGCGAUGACACCGAUGGGGGCGGCAUCGGUGGGCUCUUCUCAGGGGAUGGUGAAGAUGCAAAAAGCUCCUACAUCUAUGCAUCCUUGCCCAAAUUUCAGGUCUCUGUACGUGGAUUAGGCCAACCACAAGGGGACAGCAUCCUCUCCCAACCUGCAACGGUGAUCCUGGAGACGUCGGAAGCCACGCCGGGUAUAUGGCGUCCUUUGUACGAGGCAUACGUGAAGACGAAGCCGCCCGUUCCGGUCGAUGCUGCUGGAGAUCCAAUCACGAAAGGCAUCCGGACGGGUCGAAAGUCGAUGCUCUGA